CAGAGCAAUUGAAGGUGACAGGGACAGAGAGCGGCGGAGGGAGGCGGGAGGGACACGGGGAGGACACAUCACAGUAUCGCCCGCGGCAACACAACAGCAGCGGAAGAGCCAGCCGAUGGAGAGACAAAGAACAAAACCCACCCAGAAAAGUACUCAGAGGCAGUGCUAUAAACAGGCACAUCUCUGAGGAAACUAACAGAGAAGCAGAGGUGGAGGGGCAGAAGAAUAGGCGAGUAUGAACGAGAGAGGGAGCGACAGAGAGAAAGAGAGCGCAAAGUCUUGUCAACCGGAAAUAAAACAAGCUGGCACCCUCCCCAUCCCCAAAGUCACACACUUCCUCCUUUCCUGCUCCUCCACUGCAAAUACAUUUGAACUACUGAGCCUCUAGUCUCACUGUCAACAAAGCUGGAGAACAAGGGACCAACGGGGAACAGGGGAAUCAGGGUCCAAAAGGAGAGCAGCAGACUGGACGUGGCAUCAACAACACCUGGAUAGUUGCAUCACCACAGAAGACGGAGGGCAGAGGAGCACAGAGCCAAAGGUGACACCAGGGCGGGGCGGUUGGCUCUUCUGGCUGGUUUGGACCCUUGGACUAUGUAUGAGAAGUUAACCAUGCUCAACCUGCAGAGCGGCUCCAACUGGAGCGGGCCUAACAACUGGUACCAUGACCCCACCAGCGUGCAGACACAACACAGCACAGUGUCCGAGGGCUGCCUGCUGGAUGCUGAAGGCCUGGGGGGAGAGGCUGCUUCAGGUCGAGCAGGGGCAGGAGGGGUCCCUGUGGAUCGGGACGAAGGCGAGGAGUCCCAGCUGAGGCUGCAGCUCAAGAGGAAGUUGCAGAGGAACCGGACCAGCUUCACACAGGAGCAGAUUGAGGCUCUGGAGAAAGAGUUUGAGAGGACACACUACCCAGAUGUCUUUGCACGGGAGCGACUGGCAAACAAGAUCGAUUUACCUGAGGCCAGAAUACAGGUGUGGUUCUCUAACCGAAGAGCCAAAUGGAGGCGAGAGGAGAAGCUGCGUAACCAGCGGAGGUCGGGGGGCAUGACCUCGUGUUCACAGAGCCAGGCUCCCCUCACCACCUCAUUCAACACCAAUGUCUAUCACCAACAGCACAGCAGCACUUCAGGGUCAAUGUUGAGUCAAGCAGAGACAUCCCUGCCAAGUUACAGCUCUUUGUCUGUGUUCUCGUCUGGAGUACAGUCCAUUCCUCCCCAGUCGGCCUCCUCGUACUCCUGCAUGUUGCCCCCUUCCCCCUCAGCUCCGCGAAGCUUUGACUCAGCGUACACCUCCUCACAUCUGCAGACUCCACCUACAGCUAGCUCCAACACUGGUCUCAUAUCUCCAGGGGUCUCUGUGCCAGUCCAGGUCCCAGGAGCAGAGCAGCAGAGCAUGAGUCAGAACUUGGGUCAGUACUGGGCCAGGUUACAGUGAAUGACAGACUGUCGUGGGACAGAAGAAGACAAAGACAUGUUUUUAACCGUGUCAGAUCAUCCUUGGGGCGAGCAUGAUUAGGCAGGGACAGUGGGAGUGUUUGAGGGGCUGGGUGCAUUCAUGUUUACAAUUCAACCAAGAGCAGCUUUGGUUGUACUUCAUGUUACUACAAUUUACUGGUAUUUGCACUAAAUUUAAAUUAAAUAUCACAAACUACUUUCAGAGCUGACCACCACAAUUCUCCAGCCUCUCUUGUGUGGUGAUGUGUAUACUAAUGUGGCACAUACCGAGUGUCACAUAUUUCCUCAAGGCUUUUCUAUUGUAUUGAUCUUGAAAGCCCCAAUUAUUCAUUAGGAAAACAAAUUAAAUCCAAAAUGCAGAUUUAUGGGAAUAUAUGGACUUAUGGGGUUCAAGGUGUAAAGUUGGUUAUCUGGUUAGCGAAUGCAUUUUGGGCAGUGAAAUCAUAAAAUUGGAUCUAUUGAAGGAGUAUGAAUU